UUCUGUUGAUGUCCCGUAAGCGAUCGUUAGCUCUAUGCAAAUUAGCUCUUUGCUGCGCCGUGUUUUCUUUCCCGUGUUUGAUUUGUCCCCCGUCUUAUCCCUUGUGCCCGCAGUGUUUUGCUUCCGGCGCCUUGGAUCCGAGCUUGUGCGUCUGGCUUCCUUGUACUCCCCCCUGGAUCUCGACUGCCUCCCUCAGUCCUCCACCCACGCUUGUCUCACGGACCUCCUGAUCUUCUCUCUCAACACUUCACGACAUCAGUGGAGAGCUGGAGCGAAGCUUCACGAUGGAGCAGAAGGAGCCACACAUAAAAAAGGAAGAGGAGGAAUCGCAGCAUUCCCACUUCACUGGGGAUGCGGAGGAAUCACCGCCCCCCCGCAUCAAAGAGGAAGAAGAAGAACACAGCGUCAGUCAGGAGUUCUCAGUGAUCCGUGUCGUCGUGAAGAGUGAAGAAGAGGAGGUGAAGGGUGAAAGUGAGGAGCAGAGAGAGGCGGAGAGACCAAGCAGCAGCUCAACACAACACAUGACAAGAGAAGGUGAUGGUGGAGCAUCACAUGCAGACUUAGCUCCACUAUCAGAUAGUGAGCACACAACAUCUUCUGACACUGACGACGAAGACUCCAAAGCUGGUACGACGUGUCAGACCGACAACACACACUUGAAAUGCUCUUUCUGCGACAAAACCUUCACCAAGAAGAGAAGUCUGAAAAGUCACCAGAAGAAUCACACCGAGGAGAAACGCUUCAUGUGUUCAGAUUGUGGCAAAACCUUCUCUCUCAAAUCACAUUUGAUGAGACACAGCAGAAUACACACAGGAGAAAAACCCUUUUCCUGUUCAAUAUGCGGCAAAGACUUCACCCUGAAAGGAAGUCUGACCAUACACACGAGGAGGCACACCGGGGAGAAACCUUUCGAGUGCUCAAUUUGCGGCAAACGAUUUUCUUGCAACGUAAACUGCACGUCGCACACGCGAACCCACACGGGAGAGAAACAGUUUUCCUGUUCGGUUUGUGGCAAAAGUUUUGCACGACGGGGCGAUUUGAAAAUACACACCAGAAUACACACCGGAGAGGAACCCUUUUCCUGUUCAAUAUGCGGCGUAGGUUUCGUGCGCAGUCAGUGUUUGAAAAGACACAUGCGGAAACACACCGGGGAAAAACCUUUCACCUGCUCGGCGUGCGGCGCCAGUUUUGCACGGCGGGACGACAUGAUAAUGCACACCCGGCGGCACACGGGAGAAAAACCCUUUUCCUGCUCCAGCUGCGACAAAAGCUUCUGCAACAAGACCAACCUGGCGAGACACACCAGGACGCACACCGGCGAGAAAGUGUUCCGGUGCAGCGUGUGCGCGCAAAGUUUCUCCUACAAAUAUCAGCUGGACAAACACUCGUGUGCGGCAGCACCAAAUGAAACAAACUCUCAAGACGGAACAUUUUGACAACUUCACCACAUUCACUUCAUUGUUGUGUAGCAUAUUUUGAUCAGUCAGUUAUUUAUUGUUAA